GCAAAUGAGCAAACACUCUCAAACUCCUCAGAAAUCUUUAUUAGACAGCUAAGCUGAGUCUCCAGGGCUUUUUUGAUACUACAGUCAGAAAGAUCAGAGAGAACCCACACUCUCUCUCACACACAGAUAUGGCUUCCUCCAGCAGUCUCCUGUCUGAAGAGCAGUUCCUGUGCUCUAUCUGUCUGGAUGUGUUCACUGAGCCAGUCUCCACUUCGUGUGGACACAACUUCUGCAUGGCCUGUAUAACAAAGUACUGGGAUAGCAACAACCUGUGUCAAUGUCCACUGUGUAAUGAGAAAUUGUCCAGACAAACUAAGCUUCGUGUUAACACAACCUUCAGAGAGAUUAUAGAGAAUUAUAAACGGUUGAGAGACACAGGUAAAGAUGAGUCCCCUGCCAAACCUGGAAAAGUGCACUGUGACGUCUGCACUGGGGCGAAGCGCAAGGCCUUGAAAUCAUGCCAGGUGUGUCUGGCCUCUUACUGUGAGACUCACCUGGAGCCUCAUCAGAUAGCUCCAGCCUUCAAGCGACACAAGCUGGUCGACCCUGUGGAGAACCUGGAAGACAGGAUCUGUAAGAAGCAUGACAGACUCAUGGAUCUGUUCUGUAGGACCGACCAGACAUGUGUGUGUCAGUUCUGCACUGAAACAGACCACAAGACUCAUGACACUGUUCCUAUAGAGGACGAGUGUGGAGAGAGGAAGGUUCAGCUGGGGAAAACUGAGGCAGAAGUGCAGCGGAUUAUCCAGGAGCGACUGCAGAAAGUUAAAGAGAUCAAACUCUCAGUAGAUCUCAGCAAAAGAGAUGCAAAGAGGGAGAAAGCAGACAGCAUAAAGGUCUUCACUGCUCUGGUACGAUCCAUUGAGAAAGGCCAAGCUCAGCUCAUUGAGGAGGUUGAGGAGAAGCAGAAAGCAGUAGAGAGGCAGGCUGAAGGGCUCAUUAAAGAACUGGAGCAGGAAAUCACUGAGCUAAAGAGGAGAAGCAAUGAGCUGAAGCAGCUCUCACACACUGAGGACCACCACCAACUUCUCCAGAGCUUCUCAUCCCUAGUGUGCACCCCUCCACCCACCAAGGACUGGUCUGAGAUCAGUGUUCACAGUGAUCUCUGUGUGGGGACUGUGAGGAGAGCUGUGUCUCAGCUGGAGGAGACACUGAAUAAAGAGAUGGAGAAGCUGCCUGAUGUCAAACUGAGGAGGAUUCAGCAGUAUGCAGUGGAUGUGACUCUGGACCCUGAUACAGCAAAUCUAUAUCUCAUCAUGUCUGAAGAUGGCAAACAAGUAAGAUGUGGAGACACACCACAGAAUCUUCCGGACAAUCCAAAAAGGUUUGAUCGUUUUACCAUUGUCCUUGGAACGGAUGGCUUCUCCUCAGGGAGAUUUUACUAUGAAGUGACGGUUAAGGGGAAGACUAGGUGGGAUUUAGGAGUUGCCAGAGAGUCCACUGACAGGAAGGGGGAAAUCACACUGAGCCCUGAACAUGGAGUUUGGACUGUGAUGCUAAGGGAUGGGAAUGAGUACACAGCCUGUGCCUCACCGCAAGUCUGUCUCUCCCUGAGCGAGAAGCCCCAGAAGGUGGGGGUGUUUGUGGAUUAUGAGGAGGGUCAGGUCUCCUUUUAUGAUGUGGAGGCCAGGUCUCAUAUCUACUCUUUCACUUGCUGCACCUUUACAGAGAAAAUCUACCCAUUCUUCAGUCCCUGUAAUCAUGGUAGUGGUAAAAACGCAGCCCCUGUCAUCAUCUCUCCUGUCAAUCACAAACACUGAUUAAACAAAGAACUUACUCUUCCUUUAAAGCUGUAAUAUGUCACUUUUUUGGGCGAUCCGACCAAAUUCACAUAGAAAUGUGAGUUAUAGAUCUGUCAUUCUCAUUCAAAGCAAGUAUAAGAAGCGGUAGAUCUGUUGUAUGUGCAUUAUUUCUAUGCUUCCAGUUAUUGCAUUUCAUUUUGGCAUCUUUUACUUUCAGGUUUUGUACACCAGCUUCGAACAGCUGAAAAUACAAUAUUUUGGGAUGUAGAAAAUAUAUUUCACAGCGGUUUAGAUGGUACAAUGAUUCUAAACACUAUACUUGCUUUUUUUGUCAAAAACUGAAAUUAGGCGAACUAUUAGAAUUUUAGCAACCAGGAAAUGGCAGAGGGAUUUCUUUAUUGUGCACCUUUAAGCUGGUUGUUGAUACUGUAUAAGUGAAUGCGAUAAAGGACUUACUUUUCCUUUG